AUGCCCUGGGCGACUCUCCUCGAGCGACGCGCCCAAAGCAGUUACGCUUAUAACGGCCGUGCACCUCCAAACCUCUCCGACGCUGGUGAGAAAUCUACAGGUCACGAAUCCCCUCCGGAGAAAAUGCUCAGCCCAUCAGACCCAGACCGUCGCUUCUCCUUCGUAUCCCCUACCCCCACCACUUCUACCCCCACAAAAAUUGACUCCUCUCCCAAAGUCAUCAGCGAAGAGGCUCUCCUUGCCUUGACAGCCGAACCACUCAGUCACGGCGGAGCAUGGAGCUCGCCACCCUCAAAUCCAAAUCCAAAACCCAGAAACAGGUUCAUUGAAAGAAUUUACACGGGCAUUGGUGAACACCACCAAAAGACCGCAAGCGAACUAGCGCGCGAAACACUAUGGAUGAAAAAACGGAAAACCACGCUCCAGGACAAGAAAUGGGAAGCGCAGGAAGCGGAGAUGGAUAAGGUGAGGAGUAGAGAGAGGUGGACUCGGUUCACGGAUGAGCGUGAGUGGUAA